GACGCACUCUGAAUUGGCAGUGUUGAGGUCUUCAAUUUUCUUCAAGUGGGCACUAUGGCCCUUUCAUUCCCUUUAUGUUUGUCUUUUUUCCUGAUGCUAUUCCUGCGAGUCGCUGGGUCUGUGAAUGUAAAUCCGCCUGUGGAUGCUGCAGGAAGGACUACAAUUGAUUCCCAAACUUCCUUAUCGUUGGACAACUUUAUUGGCGGUCUACUUGCCUCCCUCUACGUCAUUAUCAUUUCGGAAUUAGGGGAUAAAACCUUCUUUAUUGCUGCUGUUAUGUCAAUGCAACACUCCAGAUGCUCGGUGUACGCCGGCGCAAUGAGUGCUCUUGCGACGAUGACAGUGCUUUCAGCUAUCCUUGGUUACGCUACGAAUAUCAUUCCACGGGUGUUUACGUUCUACUGUUCUGGCGUACUUUUUCUAGUCUUUGGGGUAAAAAUGCUAUACGAUGCUUACAGAAUGUCUCCAAUGUGCGUUCAGGAAGACUAUGAUGAGGUUAAAUUACAACUCUCUCAAUCUCCGGUUGAUUUGGAAACAGGAAGAGCCUCCAGAUCCUCCGAUCGUUCAUCACUGAGGUCGAGGAUACGAGAAGAUUUGCAACGUAUUUUUUCCCCAAUUCUCUUGGAGUCUUUCAUUUUAACGUUUUUGGCCGAAUGGGGUGAUCGGUCACAAAUCACUACCAUCGCAUUAGCUGCAACUAAGAGCGUCGCCGGUGUCAUCGUGGGUAGUGUUUUGGGUCACGCUCUCUGCACUGGCGUGGCGGUGCUCGUGGGCCGAUUUGUCGCUCAGCGAAUUCCGGUGAAGUGGCUCACUUACGUUGGAGGAGCCACAUUCCUGCUGUUCGCUGUGUUCACAUUCCUUGGCAAUCCGGAUUCCAACUCCUGAUGCCGUGUCUGGAGCCUCUGCAACCGCCAUCACUUUAAAGGACACUACACUCUGUCUCUGUCCCGCUCGAUCUUACUUCUACAUGUAUAGCAUGUGUACACAUCCAUCAGAUUGACGAUUACGCCAUCUGCUCCCUCUCAGGCCGUACGGAUUUUGUGAUCUGGUGCUUCCCCGAAUGUCCCAUUCCAAUCGACUUAUUCUGUGAUACAUAAAUGUCUUGAGAAAUCGGUGUCUUCCUUCUUCGUAACAGAGUCUUUCUUGCCGUUUCGCUUCACUUACGCACGCGCACGCUGUAGUCAUCUGUCCGCAUAGUGACCACCAUUGUGCCCUUCGUGUCAGCCCAAACUCCACCUUGACAUCAAUUCCUGUUUUCGUUCCUGUUUUCCGCUUGCUCUCAAGUCGCACUAUGUUGAAUGUGACUUUCAACAUGUCGUUCAUGUAACAGUGGAUAACUUUCCAACACGUCCUAUCGUUGAUGAAGAAUGAGAAUUACUUUCUACGUCAACUUUUUGAUAGUGGCCUUCAACGAAAAGAUUGCACGCAUUUAACCCCUAUGCUCCUAUGAGUUUCUCAGUCAUCAACGUCGCACGUCUUAUGAAGACUCUUGAGCGACUUCACUCCAGCUAGUCCCUCUUCCCUUGAUGACACUUUUGUGUAUUCCCUUUACUUUACUUCGGCCAGUGUUGUGAUCUGCUCAUUUCUCAUUUAUGUCUCAGUAAAACUUCCAC